CUUUUACUUUAGUGCUUUAAUUCUGAUCUGUUCAGGUCGUCUUCUGAACCUUGUAAACCUGUGAAUAUGGUUAGAACCAAGGCUGAUAGUGUUCCUGGCGCCUACAGGAAAGCCGUUGCUGCUUCUGCACCCAGGAAAUCACUUGGCGCCUCCAGUUCAGGCAACGCCUCGAGUAGCAGCAGCUCCACCUCAGGCACCCCCGGCAAAAGCAAGUAUGCUGGUGGAAAUCCUGUCUGUCCUCGCCCCACCCCCCAGUGGCAAAAGGGUAUUGGGGAUUUCUUUGGUGGCCCUGGCAGGAAGCCUGAGAAAGAGAAUGUGCACCCUGUUUCUGAUGAGGAGGAGGCUGGUGGAAGUGGCAUGUCCAAAGCACCCAGAAAAUCCAAGCCACUCCCAGAUGAUGAGGAUGAAGGCGAAAGCUAAACUUGUUUAAUGACUUAGGAGCAUUGUUCCUGGAUGAAUUUUAAUGUAUAUCUUUGUACAUAGUUUGUUUUUCCUUUUUUGUACAGAAGUUUAAUAAAAAUGCCUUUUUAAAGAG